AUGCUCUGGAAAUCCCGAACCAAGACCGGCGGCCCGCAGGACCGCGCAGACGGACUAAGCGGCUCCUCGCCGAGUGGGCGCCUCUCCCAGCUGUCCUCCCUGAACCAGGCCGCCUACUCCUCGGCUCCCCCGCUCUGCCACACUCCGGCCUCCGACUUCCAGCCUCCGUACUUCCCUCCCCCGUACCCCCAGUCUUCUCUGCCAUACUCCCAGAGCCAGGACACGUAUUCCCACCUGUCAGACCCUUACCCCUCCAUCAACUCCAUCCAUCAGCAUCAGCAAGCAUGGCACUCGCAGAGGUCGCGCUCCGACGAGGGGGGGCUCCUGUCACAGUCUCACCGGGCUCUGAGCCUCGACCCCCGGCGGGAGUAUCCAGCUGUCCCUCGGCUCCUCCACGGUCUCGGGGAAGGGGCUGCAGCUCUCGGGGACGGUCCUCUCGGGAUGCACCUGGGACAUCACGGCCUGGAAGAUCUUCAGGGAAUGGAGGAAGGAUCAGCCUUGGGCAUCCUCGACCACUCUGUCAUUAAAAAAGUUCCUAUCCCGUCUAAGCUCAACGGUUCAUCCAUGUCGGCCUUGUCCUUAGGCAAGGAGGGUCUGGGUAUGGGGGCCGUGUCCAACCCAGCUGAGGUUUUCUGUUCGGUCCCGGGUCGCCUCUCGCUGCUCAGCUCCACCUCUAAGUACAAGGUCACGGUCGGGGAGGUGCAGCGACGCCUCUCCCCGCCUGAGUGCCUCAACGCUUCUCUGCUAGGUGGAGUCCUCCGCAGGGCGAAGUCAAAGAAUGGUGGCCGCUGUCUGAGAGAGCGUCUGGAGAAGAUUGGCCUCAACCUGCCCGCCGGGCGACGCAAGGCAGCCAACGUCACUCUGCUAACAUCUCUAGUGGAGGGUGAGGCUGUCCAUCUGGCGCGGGACUUCGGUUAUGUGUGCGAGACAGAGUUUCCAGCCAGAGCCACCGCCGAGUAUCUGUGCAGGCAGAGUGAGCCCGACCAGCUCCCCACACGACGCAGCAUGCUGCUCGCCACCAAGGAGAUCUGUAAGGAGUUCGUGGACCUGAUGUCCCAGGACCGCUCUCCGUUGGGCGGCAGUCGACCCACCCCUUGCCUGGAGCCCGGCGUCCAGGGAAGCCUCACCCACUUCAGCCUGCUCACCCACGGCUUCGGCACUCCUGCCAUCUGCGCCGCGCUCUCCGCUUUCCAGAGCUACCUGAUGGAGGCAAUUAAAAUGCUGGAUAAAGGAGAGGGAGGAGGGAAGAGCCACCACGACAAGGAGAUGAAGCACCGCAAAUAA